AUGUCCACUGAACCAGCGUUCAAGGAGAUCUCGCGCCAGAAGCUAGCCCAGCUCGACUCAAAGAUACCCAAAGAAUGGCGCCUUCCAGCCAAAUGGAUCCCUGCUGGGAUGCAUUCGCCUGAAGAGUCGGUUGCAAACACGAAAUAUGAUGCCAUUAAUGUCAUGGAUAUCCCGAGACAGUGCGGGCUUUUAAGCACAAAGCAAUUGGAAAUCACUGAGAAGUGGGAUGUCAAAGGGCUAUUGGGGGAGAUGGGCUCUGGACGACUGACGGUCACGGAGGUGUGCGAGGCCUUUUGUAAGCGUGCGGCCAUAGCUCACCAACUCACGCGGUGCCUCACCGAGCCUCUCUUCGACUCUGCCCUGAAACGUGCAUCUUUCCUUGACGCUCAUCUCAAGCGAACCGGAAAGCCUUAUGGCCCUUUGCAUGGCCUUGUUGUUUCAGUCAAAGACACAUUUGAUGUUGAGGGAGUUGACUCCACCACCGGCUUGGCCAGUCUUGCAUUCAAGCCUGCUAAGAAGAAUGCACCUUUGGUGGACCUUUUAUACUCUCUUGGAGCAGUUAUCAUUACGAAAACCAACAUUCCCCAAACUCUUGCGGCUUUGGACAGCGUAAACAAUCUUUUUGGCCGAACCCUGAACCCGUUGAAUCGCCAACUUACGGCAGGAGGAAGCUCGGGUGGUGAAGGUGCCCUCGUAGCCAUGCGAGGCUCUAUGAUUGGAAUGGGCACUGAUAUUGGCGGCAGUAUCCGCAUUCCGGCAAUGUGUAACGGAAUAUAUGGAUUCAAACCUAGCAAUGGACGAGUUCCUUUUGGCGGCCAAGAAAGUGCCAUGGUGCUAGGCAGAGGGAGGACCUCGAUCCAAGCCGUGGCUGGGCCGAUUGCACGAUCCAUGUCCGACAUCAACGUUGUGAUGAAAGAGAUUGUUCCACGAUCAGAAUUAUGGGGUGUAGAUUGUAUCCCCGGGAAAUGGGCGAGUGAAACGCCUGCAUUAGGAGAAGGCGAGCCGCGGAAAUUCACCAUUGGAAUUCUGCGUUCUGAUGGCCGUAUUCCUCCGCUUCCACCAAUUGCUAAAUUACUUGAUGAAGUCGCCCAGAAGCUUGCCGGCGUUCAAGGCGUUGAAGUCGUGGGAAUUCCAGUUCCAAAAGCACUUGGUGACUGCCAAAGCCUCGCCAAUGCGCUGAUGGCGGUUGACGGAGGCGGUUUCAUGGUCGACCUUAUCGAGAAUACAGGCGAGAGUCUCAUUCCUUGGCUCCAGGGCAAAACCAAACGAGGAAAACCGAAGACGUUGGCACAGGUAUUCGACCUCCAAGCCAAGAGAGAAGAAAUCGAGAAAGCCAUGAUGGAGAUGUGGACGAGGGGUGCAGAUCAGACAAGAAAGGUCGAUGCGAUCAUCCACCCCGUAGCUCCGCAUCCAGUCCCAGAGCUGGACAGAUAUAACGCUGUCGGUUAUACAUCGAGCUGGGUUCUGUUGGACUAUCCGGCUGGUACAAUUCCGGUGCGGAAUUUCAACGAAGCAGACCUGGACCUGGGAAAGGAGAUGGACUCUAAGAUUUUGACAAGUUGGGAUAAGAGAAACAGAGAGCUGUGGAAUUCAAAUACCGUGAACCGACGCGUCUACCUUAAUUCACCACUCAGCAUUCAGGUAUUGACGCCCAAAUUGCAUGACUACGACUUAUAUCAUGCCAUGGAUUUGAUUGACAAGGCCCUGAAUGGUUCGAAAUCUAGCCCGGUAAAGCUGUGAAACCCGGCACCUAUGACACCUCGUGACAGCUGAGGUUUAUCAAAUAUUUAUAUAUAACCGUAUCUAAGAUGCGAUUUAAUCUUACUAGUAUAUAUACGUCUAU